AAGAGAGGAGAAGACGUUGAGGAGAGGGGAAGGGAUAGAAGAUGAUUAAGCCGACGAAAGCUGCCCCUAAGGGCAAGAAGAAGGGAGCGAGCUUCGUUGUUGACUGUGCAAAGCCCGUUGAAGACAAGAUCAUGGACAUAGCGUCCUUGGAGAAGUUCUUGCAGGAGAGGAUCAAGGUCGGAGGCAAGGCUGGUGCCCUCGGUGAUUCUAUCACCAUCACUCGCGAUAAGAGCAAGAUCACGGUUACCUCGGACAGUUCCUUCUCCAAGAGAUACUUGAAGUAUCUAACAAAGAAGUAUUUGAAGAAGCACAAUGUGAGGGAUUGGUUGCGGGUAAUUGCAUCAAACAAAGACCACAAUGUCUAUGAGCUACGAUACUUCAACAUUGCCGAGAAUGAGGGUGAGGAAGAGGAUUGAUUGAUGAUAUGGUUUCAGUGUUUUCCUCGGUCAAUCAGUUUUUGUAGGAACAUGGUACGUUGAAACCAGUUUUGUUUGAAGGAACUGAUCAAUGUAUCUGAAUUAGUUCAAUUAUUCCAUUUUUGCUG